CAACAAAUUACACCAAAUAAGUCCCGAGUAUGUUUGGUCAAUGAUGAGAGAAAACCAUUUUCAAAAAAUAAUAAUAAUAAUGAUAGAAAACCUGUUAUGUCUUGGGAUUCACAUCAAUGAUAUUCCUAAUCAAUCCUACCAAACGCAACUUCCCAACUUGGUCUCCGGCUACAUAAGCAUAACCUCCCUCGCUAUAUUGUUUCAGCCAAGAGCGAAACAGCAAAGCCAUAGUGCCAUAACAGAACACAUAUCCAUUCUUCGUUAUCCAAAUACUGCGCUAAUGGCUCCAUCAAUCGCUGUGGCUAAUCCGAAGUCGGUGAAGGAAGAUGAAGAGUUGAGGACGAGAAACGGCGAGCUGGAGAGGGAGCUGAAGGAGAGCAAAGAGAGGGAGGAGAUGAUGAGGAAGGAGCUAGAAAAGGCGUGGGAGAGGCUGAGAGUAGCGGAGGAGGCGGAGGAGAGGCUCUGCUCGCAGCUGGGAGACCUGGAGGCGGAGUCCGUUCAACUGGCACGUGACUCCAACGCUCGCAUCAUCGCCCUCACGGAUCAACUCUCCCAAGCUCAGGCUAACCUUGCCCUCUCCGAUCGCCGAUCCCCUCAGCCUUCCGCCAUUUUUUGAUUUCAGUUUUCUCCAGUCUCUUGUGGAUAGAUGGUUGUUGCUUCAAUUACACGGUUCUUGCGUCGUGCUCAGUUUGCGGAGGAGUGCUGUACAGAUCAUUAAAAGUAGACUCCUUGAAUUUUUCUUUAUUUUAAUUUCUUUAUUUUUAAUUCACUGAUGAACAAGUCUCUUUUUGCCGGACUGCAAAAACAGAAAAUUUGGAUGUGAAGAGGCCAAAUAUCAAUGGACCACUUCUCAUUUUAAAGUUUUUGUUUUAUAUUUCGAUUCGGUUAAGACUUUGUUGAUGAAAUUUCAUGUACUUACCAAGAAUAUAUGAUGAAUGUGAAAUAAGUUGUGGUUUCAAGC